CAGCGCCUGCACAAGAGCGAACCCGCCAGUUAUUAUCUCUCCACGGGGUCCCAAGUCCCGAAGGAACUGGAGCCCGGGACGGGCAGGGCACAGCCAGAACCCGGGCCCGCUGGCCUGCCCCGCCCACGCGGGGCCACGGCCCGUCGAAUGACUCGGUGCAACGUGUUGGUGGCCGUGGCGGCGGCGGCGGCGCGGGCUCUUCCGGGCGCCGCAGCUUCCUGCCGAGCACCGCGCAGCCGCCUCCGCCGCGGGAGCCCCGCUGCAGGCCUCGGCGCGGGCGCGGAACCCGGGGCUCAGCCGCGCUCGCCCGCCCGCACCAUGCGCGCCGCGCUGCCGCCCGCGCCGCUCGUGCCGCUGCUGCUGCUGCUGCUCGCGCUCCUGGCCGCCCCCGCCGCCCGCGCCCGCAGAGCCGAGUCCGCGCCCUCGCCGCAGCCCCAACCCGAGCGCGGGUCGCCGCCGCCGCGGCCCGGCCCGGGGCCCGGGAACGCCACCCGCACCGGGUCUGGGACGGCGGGCGGCGGCAGCUCCAACAGCAGCGGCGACGCCUUGGUGACCCGCAUCUCCACCCUGCUCCGCGACCUGCCCACCCUGAAGGCGGCCGUGAUCGUGGCGUGCGCCUUCACCGCCCUUCUCAUCGCCUGCCUGCUGCUGCGCGUCUUCAGGUUGGGAAGGAGGUUAAAGAAGACCCGCAAGUAUGACAUCAUCACCACUCCUGCCGAGCGAGUGGAAAUGGCCCCGCUGAACGAGGAGGAUGAAGAGGAGGAGGACUCCACGGUAUUUGACAUCAAAUACAGGUAAAACCCAUUUUCCAGCGUGUGGGCAUCCUGUGGAAAGUUGGUCAGCUGCAGCCUGGGCUGUGAAGGACCUGGGAGCCAUCUCUCUUGUCAGAGGCAUCGAAACCAAAACAAACAUGGUUUAUGAGGCUCUGGCUCCGUUGUAUGUGUGGGACGUCUGCUCAGAUGUCACCGUCAGACUUGUUUGCCAGGCACCACUCCAGAGUCACCUCUGCCACCCUUUAGACGCCCCUUUAAAAUGUUACCCCUUCUUCUCUCUUCUUUAAGAGGUUUUUUUUUGUUUUGUUUUGUUUUUUGCCUAAGAGGAGAAAAGAGAAACCUGUUGAAUUUAAAAAAAAAAUUUUUUUUUUAAAGCAACUAUUGACAAUAGUAAAAGAGAUCUAGAGGAUGAAGAAUCUAAAAGAAGCCUGAAGGAUAGCUCAGCUGUGUAUUUAGAAUUUCUAACAUUCUGCUCUCCGGGAUCUACAUGCAAGAGACGUCUGACCCUUUGGUGGUCUUUCUUGUUUGGUCGGUUCUGGUCUUAUUUUGGUGAUGGCUAUGUGAAAUUUCAAAGUAGAAGUGCUUAGAGCUGGUCAGCUCUUACCAGAACCAGAAGAGUACAUGUUUAUGGCUCCUUUUCUUUCUUUUUUCCAAAAGGCUCAACAGAAAUAGGCAUGGCUAAUUCACAAAGAAUUUCAAAUAUCAGGGAAGAACGCAUAUGUGUGUGUGCGCCUGUGCAUGUAUACAUAUGAAAUCAUUUCUCCUUCUCUGAAGGGAAAGGAAAGCGCCAGGCAGCUUAUGGUGUGUGUUUUGUGUGUGUGUGUGUGUUUCUCUGCCCUUUCAGAGUUCUACAUUGUUUGUUUUAGAAGGGUAAUGAAAAAAAAAAUCACUGUGGUAAUUUAAGUGAAUGGUGAUUAGGUUGGCUGGUAAAAGCACACUGUCAGGGACUAUGUUUGAAAUCAGCCCAGGCCAGGCUGGACGAGAAACCCACCAGACCCAGGAGGUUACUGUGGAAAGGCCCCUCCCACAGGUGUGGGCGACUUACCUGGGCUUGCUAGGUGACAUUAUCUGGAGAUACCCUUCUGGAAACCUGGCCUUGGGCUGACUUCUCAGGUGGAUAGAGGCCUCCCAUUUAACUGUUUUCCAGUGUUGAGGUUAUUUGCUGCCACUUAAUAUGCUUCUGCUAAAGUCUAUGAGCAGUGCCUUUGGGACCCUGGGAUUCUGUUCUCUCUAGAGAGGUGUUUUUUAUUUUUUAUCUUUUAUUUUUUUAAAUCCCCUCCUUUCCUUUCUGGCAUUGCUUCAGGGUCUGUAUAUUUGCCUGUUUAUAGUCCUGCUUCAUGGUUUUGGAUGAAAACUCCAGCCUUUUCCUACUCACUCCCAUUUCCAGGUUCUUCAGUUUCCUGAGAAGGGCUGUUGUGCUGGGGGGGUGUGGGAAGGGCUUAGCGAGGCCCAGCUGGGCGUAGGUUCCCCCCACGGCCCUAUUGUGUUAGGAAGGCGCGUUGGCCUCUGCAGGCAGGAGAACCCUCUAGAAGCCAGUGUACAAGCAGCGUGGCCAGCUGCCCUGUCUGCUGUGUGGAGCCCCCGUGUCCUGCCUGCUGUGCGGAGCCCCCGUGUCCUGCCUGCUGUGCCUCUCCCUUCCACCUCCUUUGUUGACUUUUCUUCCUCCCUACCUGCCCCCCCAUUUGCCAGAGGGGUGGGACUGGAAACAGAGGGCCACGGCUGCUUUAUCUCUCUCCUCCACGCUGCGCUAAUGGCCAGAGUGGUGACUCCAGGAAGCCGGGCCACUGAGCAGCUGGGCGCCCUCUCAGCCUUCCAACUGGAACUGCUGGCUCACGCUCGCGUUUCAACACUGCCGCUGAGUCAUCGAUCGGAAGCUGGAUUCUCCCAACUUAUUCUCCUAUCUGCCAGGUGCUCCCCUCUGGUUCUGGCAGAGGCAGCCAGGAGAAUGACCUUGGUGGAACUUCAGCACUACAGGCGCUUGAAUAAAAACCGUUUAGACGUGAA